AUGGCCGACAAAAGCAAGGCCCCCCCUUCGGCAGCGAUGGGUAGUGCUAACGACAUGUUAGACUCGGUGCGACGUAAGAAGAGGAAGGCUGCCGAGAUGGAGCAGGAAGAUCAGGAGUUGACUGAAGAGUUCGGUGACGAGGGCGAGUUUCAUGACCAUGAUGACAUGGAUUUUGAGCUUGACAAGCUCCUCGAUGAUGGCAGUGCCGAUGACAGUGAGCAGGUUGAGGAUGAUCCUCUUUUCCUUGAACUUUUACAAGCGUAUAAAGCUCAGGAGGAGGAGGUCGGCCCCCCCAUCAUGGAAAAGUUUGGCACCCUGAUCAACAACAUGUUCUCAUCAAGGAUGCAGGACGAGCAGGCAAAGGUACUUUGUGAGAAGUAUGUCAGGCCAGAGAAUUGCCCCAGUAUGGUGAAUCCGCGUAUUAACCAGGAGAUCUGGGACGUCAUCGUACAAUCUCCCAGGAUGCUCGACAUCUCUAUGAGCAAGGUGGGAAACAAGAUUGUCAAGAGUGCUUUGCCCAUCGUAAAGUUAGUGGACAUUCUCUACGAGGCCAGACAAAGCAAGAAGAUCCCCGAUACUGGGCUGGCUGUCCGACUGGCAAUGGAUGCGUUGGCCAUUGCUGGCAACGCACUGCACGAGCUUAACGGGCUCAGAAGGCAGGCUGUAAAGCGGGUUCUACCGGAGAGGGCCCAGAAGCUAGCAGGAAAGGUGAAAGAGGAGACGGCACUGCUGUUCGGCUCUGACCUCCAACAAACAAUGAAGGACAUUGUCGAAGGGGAGAAGCUAGGACUUUGUCUCGAGCCAGCUCGCCCGAAAAAUUUUGGGCCUCGACACAAUGCAGCGGCUAGAGGUCAGCGUUUCGGUCAGAGAUGUGGAGCGUACCGUAGUAACUUUACCCAACGCAGCGCUGGGUCGGGGGACUGGCACAAGGGCGCCCAGUCGCGCCCCCACUAUGCUCAGCAGAGGAGCAGAGGUUACCAGCCCAAGAACCUAAAGAGAGGCAAACCCCAAGGAGGGAGCAAUGCCUCAGCCCAGCAGAAGAAAUAG